UACUAAACUGAUUACUAUCUUCUUCAGGUGCUGGUGAGUCGGGGAAAAGCACUAUUGUCAAACAGAUGAAAAUUAUUCACAAAGAUGGUUACUCCCUUGAAGAGUGCUUGGAGUUCAUUGUCAUCAUCUACAGCAACACCAUGCAGUCGAUCCUGGCCAUUGUGAGGGCCAUGAGCACACUCAACCUUUCCUAUGGAGAUGCUGCCGCACAGGACGAUGCAAGGAAGCUGAUGCACUUAGCAGACACCAUCGAGGAAGGCACCAUGCCAAAGGAGCUGUCUGACAUCAUCCUGAGGUUGUGGAAGGACUCGGGCAUCCAGGCGUGCUUUGACAGAGCCUCCGAAUACCAGCUCAACGACUCUGCCGGAUACUAUCUGAAUGACCUGGAGAGGCUGGUCAAGCCUGGCUAUGUCCCUACUGAACAGGACGUCCUGCGAUCAAGAGUGAAGACCACCGGUAUCAUCGAGACCCAGUUCUCCUUCAAGGACCUCAACUUCAGGAUGUUUGAUGUGGGCGGUCAGCGCUCGGAGAGGAAGAAGUGGAUCCAUUGCUUCGAAGGUGUGACCUGUAUCAUCUUCAUCGCUGCUCUAAGCGCAUACGACAUGGUGCUGGUGGAGGACGAUGAAGUGAACCGAAUGCAUGAGAGUCUCCACCUGUUCAACAGUAUCUGUAACCACCGUUACUUCGCCGCCACCUCCAUUGUACUCUUCCUCAACAAGAAGGACGUCUUCGUGGAGAAGAUCAAGAAAGCUCAUCUGAGCAUGUGCUUCCCUGAUUAUGAUGGUCCCAACACCUUUGAGGAUGCUGGUAACUACAUCAAGAUGCAGUUCUUAGAUCUGAACUUGCGGCGAGACAUCAAAGAAAUCUACUCCCAUAUGACCUGUGCCACAGACACAGAGAACGUCAAGUUUGUGUUCGAUGCCGUAACAGACAUUAUCAUCAAAGAAAAUCUCAAAGACUGCGGUCUCUUCUAAACAAGCCAUCUGUGGGAAGAGAGCAGCUUAAUCAACAAAACCCAAUACUGACCCAUUGCCCCUUGUAUAGGUAAUGAGGAAUUCUCCAGUGCACACACACAUACAUGCAAAUACAUGAGGGAACUGAAUUGAUUAAAUCUUGAAGAAGAAAUUAUAUUCUUGCUGUUGGGAUCUACAUCUGAUUAAACACACUGCACAUAAUUAAACAUCUAAUACAUAUUCAUAGCAGCAAGUCAUAUAUAGCAACACAUAUAUGAAGGGUGUUUGGCUCUAUUAGUUUUUGCAGUGAUCUAUCCUGUAGAUUUGUGACUACACUUCACGCAGCUGUAAACCAAAUAACUAUCCUUCUGAAACACCUGCAUAUAUGCACUUCAGCAUCUUCUUGCAAGAGUACUUUAUAGCAGUUACUGUGUCAAGUUCAUACUUUUAAGCUGGCUGAGAAAAGUUUUGACUUUACCGGGAAACAAAGUUCUCUUUUAUUUACAGAGGAGUUAUAUCAUGUUAUGUCUCAUGAUCAGAAUCUCUGUGUAAGAUGGAUGACUUUGAUGAAAAGACAGCAUGUAAUAAGUUGUUUAGCUCAGGAGCAGCUAGCUGAGAGACAAAGAACACACUUUUUGAGUGAAUUG